UUGAAUUUAUGUCUAUUUAUUUUUGAUUGAGUGUUGGUUAUCUUAUAAAUCCCACAAAUUUCAUCGAUCCCAAUACCUUGUCCAUUCCUUCUUCUGCUUAGUUACGCUAAAAACACUUAUAACCACGACAAAAACAACGACUUGACCACCACUAAACGACAUCGUAAAUUCCACCACUCUGCUUUUGUUUGCUUUUCCCGCAGCCUACUACGACGAAACCAGCAGCGAUUACUUGUCCACCAAUCUCUUCCUCUCGACACAGAAUCCAAAAAGUACAAGAAAGAAAUUCUGAAUUCUGCAGAGAAGCUGAAAAUAAGGUGAAAAUUUGAGUUGAGAGAUGGGCUGUACCCAGUCCAAGAUCGAGAACGAAGAAGCCGUUUCUCGAUGCAAAGAGCGCAAGCAAUUCAUGAAAGAUGCCGUCGCCGCGCGCAACGCCUUCGCCUCCGCUUACUCCGCAUACGCUAUAACCUUGAAGAACACUGGCGCAGCCCUCUGCGACUACACCCACGCAUCCUCCAUGCCCUCGGUCGUCGCCACUUCUUCCACUGUUGAGGAGUUCGGACCUCCACCUCCUCCCUUCCGUGAGCCCGAGCCGCUGCAGCGCGCCGCGACCAUGCCGGAGUUUAUGAUCCUGAAGCCGGAACAAAAGCUGGUGGGGUCCACGAUAAUGGAAGACGAGGAAAUGGAGUUUGAUACCCACGAUAACGAGAAAUUGAUAAGGAAGCGAAGUAGUAGCAGUAACAGAGGAAGUGGCAGUAAAAGAGGAGCCGUACAAGAGAAUCAUCAACCUCAGCAUCCCAAGGAGCACGGUCCACCACAGCCACCGCAACAGCAGCAGCAGCGGUGGAAAGAGGAGGUGAUGCGGGGCCCGACAGUGCAUCAGGGAUCUUCUUGGGAGGAGUACAUUUUUCCGCCGGUGGAGAUUAUGCCGGGGCCGACUUUGGCAGAACCGGUGGAGGUGGAGGAGGAAUUGAGGCGGAGGGAUGAGGAAAAGGCAAAUAAAGUGUCACAAGUGAAGGAGGAGGAGGAUCCAGUGUUGGUGGUGGAGGAAAAGGUGGAGAAGGCGGUAGAGGUGCCAGUGCCAGUGCAAGUUCCGGCAGUGGAGAAGAAGGUAGCGAAGAAGGGCACUGGAGAAAUGGGCAGGAUAAAACCGAUGAGUUUGAUGGUCUUAUUUGCGGAGCUUGACGAUCAUUUCUUGAAGGCUUCUGAGAGUGCCCAUGAGGUUUCCAAGAUGUUGGAGGCCACACGGUUGCAUUAUCACUCUAAUUUUGCCGAUAAUCGGGGACAUAUUGAUCAUUCUAAAAGAGUGAUGCGUGUUAUUACAUGGAAUCGGUCAUUUAAGGGAAUUCCUAGUGUUGAUGACGAUAAGGAUGAUUUUGACAGAGAGGAGCAUGAAACUCAUGCUACUGUGUUGGAUAAGAUGCUGGCUUGGGAAAAGAAGCUUUACGAUGAAGUCAAGGCAGGUGAAAUUAUGAAAUUUGAGUAUCAAAGGAAGGUUGCUUUGCUGAAUAAGCGGAAGAAACAGGGUGGUAACUAUGAGUCAUUGGAGAAAUUAAAAGCGGAUGUAAGUCAUCUGCAUACAAGAUACAUUGUAGACAUGCAAUCACUGGACUCCACGGUUGCUGAGAUAAAUCGUUUACGUGAUGAACAAUUAUAUCCAAAACUUGUUCAGCUUGUUGAUGGGAUGGCCGCAAUGUGGAGUACCAUGAAAUUGCACCAUGAGGCCCAGUUGAAGCUUUUAAAUGCUCUUAAAUAUGUGGACAUUUCUCAGUCCCCCAAGGAAACUAGUGAAUAUCAUUAUGAUCGUACUUGUCAGCUAUGUGCAAUUGUAAGAGAUUGGCAUACACAUUUUUGUCGACUUACAGACUUUCAGAAAGAUUACAUAAAGGCACUCAACAAUUGGUUAAAGCUAAAUCUCAUCCCUAUUGAGAGCAAUUUGAAAGAAAAGGUUUCUUCUCCUCCAAGGGUUCAUAAUCCUCCAAUUCAUGCGCUUCUCAUAGCUUGGCACGAUGAUUUGGAAAAACUUCCUGACGAGGUUGCAAGAAGUGCAAUAGGUAAUUUUGCUGCUGUAUUACAGACCAUCGUGAAUUAUCAAGAAGAGGAGAUGAAGAUAAGAGAAAAAUGUGAGGCCAUGCGAAAGGAGCUUGCCCGCAAGACCAAGCAAUUUGAUGACUGGAAACAAAAGCAUAAUAUAGGUUUUACAAAUAAGGAAUCUGAUCAUGACAUGGCAGAAGACAACCCCCACAGGGAUGCCAUGGUAGAUAGACAGAUUGUCUUGGAUUCUUUGAGCAAGCAGUUGGAAAACGAGGAGGAAGCUUGCCAAAAGCUUAGCCUACAGGCGAGGCAAAAAUCUUUUACAGGUCUCAAAACUUGCUUGCCAGAGCUCUUUAGAGCAAUGACUGAUAUUGCUCUAGCUUGUUCAGAAAUGUACAGUCAUUUGAGGUCCAUAGCACAACAUCGAAAUCCAAGCCUGGACUCAUGAUGAGAAUACAAUUUUACGCAUUUGUAUAAUUUGAUUGUAUACCCUAUAGAAAAAUAAACCUUAGGGAAAAGAAAAUCUUUUUGUUAUGUCUUGUUUAACUUGUAAUUCUGCUGGAAAUUUUAUAUGGAACUAGUCCUCACAGUCACAUAUGUUUGUUUAAUCAAAUUGGUUCAGUUUCAAGA